AGACGAUAGCAUUCUUUUAGAGUAGCCUUUGGAUGGCCAUUUAGCUCAGCUGUUCUCUAACAAGCAUCCCGUUUCUCCUCCUCUUCCUCCUCCCUGCUCUUUUCAGCCGAAGGUAGGGUGCAUUUGAGCCAUGGCAGCCAACAGAGUGGAUUACCAUGAGGUUUUCACCACCAAGACCAUAACAGUCUGUCCACGAGCUCGCCCUCCUCAUGCUCAUGAGGCCAAAGUCAUCCAUCUCUCAAAUCUGGACAGAAAGUGUCCCGCCCUAAUGUACUUGGUGUUCUUUUACAGAUCAACUCCACCCCUUCAUGGCCGGCAGCUUUCAUCUGCUUCUCUUUUCUCCUCCUUAAAAAGGGGACUGGAGGAGGCCAUGUCCGAUUGGUACCCAGCUGCAGGCCGGCUGUGCCUCGCCCCACCACCACCCACCGGGAAGAUCAACCUGGCUUGCACCAAUUCCGGUGCACUUCUGGUCGAGGCAGCCACCCGAGCUACGAUUUCAGAUCUCGGAGACCUAGCUCAGCACAAUGACUUCUACGAACGCCUGGUCUGCAAGCCUCCCUCCGGGGCCUGCUUCGCCGACACGCCGCUUGUCGUCGGUCAGGUGACCAAGUUUGCGUGUGGAGGCUACUCGAUUGGGGUGGGCACAAACCACGCGCUCUUUGAUGGGGCGGCAAACUACAGUUUCUUGAGUGCAUGGGCUUCCAAGACGGUGGGGAGGGCAGCUGAAGGACAGGUGGAGCUCGUCGAGCCGGUCCAUGAGAGAGGAAGGCUCUUGGUCUGCCAUGGCCAGAGCCAGGUGAGCUUAUCGAAGGCUGCCGAUCGAGAAGGCGAGAUGGGAGGGUUCAUGGCUCUCGAUCAUCUGCAUCAGCUGAUCAAACAGGCAGUGUCUGCGAACUGCAUCGUUCCCGGUGGGCAGCUGAAGCUCUCGGAGAUGGACAGCACAGGGCACGAGCACUUGGUGCUGAGAACGUUCUCUGUGAGUGCUUCCAUGGUGAGCAGGCUUAAGAGCAAAGCUGCAAGCGGCUCCGCUGGCAUUUCCUGCUCUUCCUUCGAGGUGGUGGCUGCUCAUCUAUGGAAGGUGAGGACUAAAGCCUUCAACAUAGCGAAGCACAGAAUGGUGUGUCUCCAAUUUGCAGUAGACGCGAGGGCUCGGAUGCGUCCGCCACUGCCGAAAGGCUUCACAGGCAAUGCCUAUGUCCUCUCCUCCGUUGCAUGCACCAGUGCCGAGCUUGAGGAGGCUAGCCUGGCUGCUGUGGUCGGAAAGAUCAAGGUGGCAAAGCAGGCAGUGACUGACAGCUACGUGAUGAAGUAUCUGGCGGCCCUCAAUGCCGCCCCCCAAGUGGCUCUCCCCCCACUGCCGGAGCUGACGAUGGUGUCGGACUGGACAAAGACCCCGUACCACAGCAUCGAUUUCGGGAUUGGGAAAGCAGUCUUUGUGACUCCCUUGGCCACUCCAUUUCCUCAGGUUGCGUACUUCAUGCAGAGCCCGAGUGAAGCGGGAAGGGUGGACGUGAGGAUUGGGUUGCCUCACAUGCAUCUGCAGGCUUUCACCCGCUACUUCCUGUCUGCAAUGUAAUGACUAAUAAGCUGGUCAUCAGACAUCCGAUUGAUGUAUGUUGAAUAAGUACCUAACUGUCACGAACGGUCGUCGCGCACCCGCAACAACUUCGUUCAACGAACCGUUCGUCGCUCAUACCUGCAUGUACAGCUGCUUGACAGUGUUUUCUCAUGGUUUUGGGUCAUUUUGCUUGUAAAUAUGUAAGUUCGAACAAGCUGCAGCGUUACAAAGCGACCGCUCACCGAACCGAGCAAAACAGCCCCAAAACAGCCCAAAACAGCUCCGUUUUCGCGUGCCGCGGGAGGUGAGCGGAGAGCUGCCUCCGCUCACCAAAAUGUCAGCCAUCUCAGACCCCAGGAACCCCCCGGGUGGCACAGGGCUGGAUGGGGCUUCGGUUAUAUACCGGGCGUUGAACACUCUUUCGCAAGUUUGCACGUGACCUUUACGGGAACUUGGUUUUGCGCCCGAGAACAGGUGAGCGGCUGUUUGUGGGCUUGCAGUUGUUCGUUCAUCCUUGAAAGCCUUGUUUUUCUCCCUCUCCCUCUUUUCUCUUGUGCACACAAGGUGUUCGACGAAUUGCUUGUAAAGCUUUCCUUUUCGCGAGACUUCGGGACUUGUCCGUUGCUCGUUCUUUCGAUCUAACUCUCUUUCUCUUUUACAGGUCCUUCGGGACCUGCGAGAGGUUACAAAGUGGCUGAUCCUUGCAGAG